AUCGACACGAUUCUCCAUAUUUGUAUUACUAUCUAAAUCAUUCCUCACAGCUUAUGCUUAAUUUAUUUCUCUUACUUUUUUGUUCCACUUUUCUCCCAUUUGAUUUUAUCUUUUGAUCUUUCUUUUCAUGUCUUUCCCUCUUCACAGUGACACAUUCCAAACCAUAGCUCAAUGGCAAUGCAGUUUUCGUCUAUUUUUGUCUGUAGUUCCAUUUGUGGCAUUGGAUAUCUGAAUAUUUAUAUGCCUAGUUUGAGGAUCACACGUUCCACAAGAGCAGUUUCCACUAAACGUCUCGCAGCAAAUUUGGGUCAUGGAUUGAAGAAAAAUAGAAAUGUCAAUAUUCCAAUUCUGGGCGCUGAAGUAUUAAAGGAAAGAAUCAAGGAACAGCUACCUAAUGUUGAUCUUUCAGCUUCUUCCUAUGACACUGCAUGGGUAGCUAUGGUCCCCCUGCCAGAAUUUCCUCAGUUUCCAUGCUUUCCAGAAUGUCUUGCUUGGAUAAUAGAGAAUCAACAUUCUGAUGGCUCUUGGGGAAUUCAUGGUCACCACCCCUCUCUUGUCAAGGAUGCUCUCUCUACCACAUUAGCCUGUGUACUUGCACUAAAGCGAUGGAAUAUUGGUGAAGAACAUGUCAGAAGGGGGCUCCACUUCAUUGGAUCCAAUUUUUCCUCUGCCAUGGAUAAGAAGUUGCAUUCUCCUAUUGGCUUCGAGAUCAUAUUUCCUGGAAUGCUUGGUUAUGCCAUUGAAAUGGGUUUGGAUCUUCCUGUCAGCCAAAACGACAUAGAUUUUAUGUUUCACAUAAGAGAUUCAGAACUACAAAGAGUGUCUGAAAAAAGUUCUGAGGGAAAGAAAGCCUAUCUGGCGUAUGUUGCAGAAGGAUUGGGCAAGUCACAAGAUUGGCAUCAGGUUAUGAAAUUCCAGAGGCAAAAUGGAUCACUGUUCAAUUCACCUUCCACAACGGCUGCUGCAUUGACCCAUAUAUACAAUGCUAAAGCCCUUGAGUACUUGCGUUCGCUUCUACAGAAGUUUGGCAGUUCAGUUCCUACUUCAUAUCCUAGAGAUAUCCAUACCAUUCUUUGUGUGGUUGACAAAAUUGAGAGACUUGGAAUCGCUCGACAUUUUAGUUAUGAGAUAAAGAACAUUUUGGACAGAAUAUAUAGAUGCUGGUUAAAGAAUGAUGAAGAGAUCAAUGCAGACAUGGCUACAUGUGCCUUGGCAUUUCGUCUGCUACGUAUGAAUGGAUUUGAUGUAUCGUCAGAUGCCUUAACUCGAUUUGGUGAUGCAAGCAUUUUCUUCAAUUCAAUCCAAGGACAUCUGAAAGAUAUGAAAACAGUUCUAGAGUUAUACAGGGCAUCACAAACCAAAAUCUCACCAAAUGAGCUGGUUCUUGAUAAACUAGGUUCUUGGUCAAGUAAUUUUCUGAGAGAGGAAUUAUCGACCAAUUCAGAGCAUGGACUCCAAGUUUUUUCUCAGGAGGUGGAUUAUGCACUUAAGUUUCCCUUUUAUUCGAACAUGGAACGCCUAGAGCACAGGAAUUAUAUUGAGAACUUUAAAGUUGAAAACUUUCAGGUUCUCAAAACAUCAUAUACGGCUUCUGGCAUUGAUAACAAGGAUCUCUUAGAACUGGCACUGGAAGAUUUCAAUUUAUGUCAGUCUAUGUAUGGUGAAGAACUCCAGCAUCUUGAGAGUUGGGUCAAAGAAAACAGAUUGGAUCGGCUAGAAUUUGCUCGGCAGAAACAGAUAUAUUGCCUUUUCUCUUCUGCGGCUACGUUAUUCUCACCUGAAAGUUCUGAUGCUCGUAUGGCAUUGACCAAAAAUAGUGUGCUAGCCACCAUCCUCGAUGACUUUUUUGACCUUGGAGGAUCUAUAGAGGAAUUAGAAAAUCUGAUAUCAUUGACUGAGAAGUGGGACGGAAAUCAUGAAAAAGAGUUUUGCUCCGAACAAGUCAAAAUUGUCUAUUCUGCUAUCCACAGUACAACUAAUGAACUCGGAGCCGAGGCAUCCGCAUUGCAAAAGCGUAGCGUCACCAACCAUUUAGUUGAGCUUUGGCUUUCCUUGAUGAGAGCAAUGAUGAAAGAGGCAGAGUGGGUGAGGACCAAGGCAGUGCCCACUGUGGAUGAAUACAUGGCAAAUGGAUACAUAUCACUUGCUUUAGGACCCAUUAUUCUCCCGACACUCUAUUUUCUUGGACCAGAGCUUUCAGUUGAUGUCAUUGGUGAUCCAGAGUAUCAUAAUCUAUACAAACUAGUCAGCAUUUGUGGGCGCCUCCUUAAUGACGUACGAGGUUUUGAGAGGGAAGGCAAAGAAGGAAAGUUGAAUAGUGUGUCGCUUCAUAUUGUUCAUGGUUGUGGUUCCACUUCUAAAGAAGAGGCUGUUAGGGAGAUUCAAAGCAUAAUUGACUCUAGCAGAGAAGAAUUGCUGAGACUAGCAUUGCAAAAUGAGGGAAGUGUAGUGCCAAGAGCUUGCAAAGAACUAUUUUGGAAGAUGAGCAGAAUGCUGCACCUCUUUUAUAUAAAAAAUGAUGGAUAUACAUCACCAAAGGAAAUGGUUAGUGCAGUGAAUGCAGUGAUUUAUGAACCAAUUAAAGUUGGUCAUAAAUUUUCAGUUGUUAAUUAAUAAAAAGAUUUAUCUACAUGUAUUCUACAAUGUAAAGGCAAAAAAAAAUU